AUGGAUGAUAACGUGGAUGACAAGUUGGCAUCCACGUUAUUCGAAAAACCUAUUCGUUUUGUCCACGGUAUAAAGUGCAUUGAAACUGAAAGAAUAGCCCUUCUCAGCAUCAAAGCAGGCAUUCAUCAAAUCAACAACCAGAGCUCGUUCUCUUUUUGGAUUGGCCAAGAUUGUUGCAAAUGGCAAGGAGUGAGCUGUAGCCCUGGAUCCGGACAUGUCAUCAAGCUUGAUCUCCGAUGGCACCCUUCAGAUCUCUCUGAUUAUUAUGACAUACCACCAAGUAAGUUGACCUUUUCUCUCAUUGAACUUCGCCAUUUAAAGCACUUGGAUUUGAGCAUGAACAACUUCGAUGACUCCCCCAUCCCAGACUUUAUUGGUUCUCUUGCCAACCUGAAGUACCUUAAUCUCUCUAAUGCCGGGUUCAGUGGAAUCAUCCCUCAUUCCCUUGGAAACCUAUCACGCUUGCGUUACCUUGAUCUUAACUCAAAUUAUUAUUAUAACUUUCUACAAGCAAAUGACCUCCACUGGCUAUCUGGAAUGAGUUCUUUGCAUCACCUUGACUUGAGUGGAGUGAACCUUUCUAAUGUUCAUAAUUGUCUUCAUGACAUUAAUAUGCUCCCUUCUCUUCUUCUCCUGAAACUCUCUAAUGCUCAACUCCAAGCUGGUGGUAUCCAUGAUGCUACUCUGCUUCAUCAUCAUCUCAACUUCACAUUACUUCGUGUGCUUGAUCUUUCUCAAAAUAACUUGAACAUCACUCUGCCUCAAUGGUUGUUCAAUCUCAAUAACCUUGCUCAUCUCGAUCUUUCUUCUUGUGCUCUGUUUGGUAAGUUACCAGUUACCAUUGGUAACUUGAGCAGCUUGAGAGUUUUGAGCUUGUCUGGUAACUCUUUUGAUGGAGUGAUUCCAGAGUCCUUGGAAAAUCUUGGUAGCUUGGAGAGACUUGAUUUGUCACUAAAUGAACUCAAUGGAAGCAUUCCGGAGUCUCUUACCAAUCUUACAAAUUUAGUGUACUUUGAUUUGUCUGAUAAUAAGAUCGGAAUGUUGCCAAAGAGCAUAGGAAGACUGCAGAAGUUGCAGAAGUUUAAUUUGUCCAGUAACCAAGUUCAAGGAUGGAUGCCUGGGGGCAUUGGGGAUCUAAGAAGCCUGCGAUACUUAGAUUUGUCAAUGAAUAUGAUCAGUGGAGCAAUUCCCGAAUCCUUUGGCAAUCUUACACUAUUGCAUUAUUUUGAUGGGGCGGGUAACAAGCUUAGCGGCAAAUUGCCUGAAACUAUAAGGAAUCUUGUUCAUCUUCAGUUUCUAAAUUUGUCUGAGAAUGUGAUAAGUGGAAAGUUACCAGAGAGUUUUGGAAAUCUUAGCCAACUGCAGCAGUUCAGAAUGUCCGGCAAUGGCGUCACGGGGGGCAUACCGGAAUCAACAGGAAAGCUCUCUAGCUUGUGGGAGCUUGAUUUAUCCAAGAACAACAUCAGUGGAACAUUUCCAAAAGGCAUGGGAUACUUAUGCAAGUUACAGACCUUAGAUUUUACAAGCAACUCUAUCAGGGGAGGCAUUGAUGAUCUUGUUGAUGGCUUGUCUAUGUGCUGGGAGAAUAAGGAUGGUUCUGCUUCAGAAAGUAGUGAGGGUCUGAAAACAUUGCGUCUGGGAAACAACAAGCUGAAUGGAACAGUUCCAGAGAACAUAGGCCAAUUAUCUAAAUUGACUCUACUACAUCUCUCUUCAAAUUCCUUGAUGGGCGUCUUAAUUGAAUCUCAUUUUGCUAAUCUAGUAAAUUUGGCAUAUUUGGACUUGUCCUACAACUCAUUGCAAUUAAUUGUAAGUGAGCAUUGGAAGCCUCCUUUUGAUUGUGAUGUUAUAAGAAUGUGUUCUUGCGAAGUAGGCCCCAUUUUUCCUACUUGGGUUAAAACUCAGACACAAUUGGGUGACCUUUGCUUGUCAAAUGCUGGAAUUUCAGGUAACAUCCCUCCAUGGUUCUGGAAUUUAAGUUCCUCUCCUCGGUAUUUACUCAAUUUAUCAAAUAACAAUUUGGAGGGGAGGCUACCAUCUUCUUUGAAUAAUUACGAUUUCACUCUCAUUGAUUUGAGUUCAAACAGAUUUGAAGGCCCAUUGCCUGAGCUUACUCCCACUGCAUUAUUUGUCAUCGAUCUCAGCAACAACUCAUUCGACGGCCUUAUACCUUCUUACUUUGCAACUGCUACAUACAUUCAAGUUUUCUCUAUAUCUGACAAUCAUAUCAGUGGCAAUAUUCCAUUGUUCUUCUGUAACCUUACUACCUUGACAUUGCUUGAUCUAUCUAACAAUGAUAUGUCUGGAGGAAUUCCCCAUUGCUGGAAUUCAUUUUCUGCUUUGGAAAUUGUUGAUUUAUCUGACAACAAUUUCAUAGGUAAUAUUCCUGAUGGCCUUGUGUCCUUCACCAACCUCCGAUCCUUACAUUUGAGAAACAAUGGCUUCUUUGGAGAUCUCCCCUUGUCCAUGAAAAUGGCGGACAAGUUGGUCACUCUUGAUAUUGGUGAAAACAAACUCUCAGGUAGCAUACCAACAUGGAUUGGAGAAAACCUUUCCUCUUUAAUAGUGCUUCGCUUGAGAUCAAAUUUAUUUGAAGGCAGCAUUCCAGAGCAAUUAUCAGAACUAUCCUCUCUUCAGAUCUUGGACCUUGCACAGAACAACUUAUCAGGUUGCAUUCCUCAUUCUUUUGGAGAUUUCAAAGCCAUGGUAGUCACAAAUCACAAUGAACUGUGGUCUUUGCUUUCCAUUGUUAGCCAGGUUCUGUCAUUAGUAACCAGCAUAGACUUAUCAAACAAUAAGCUUUCCUGCGAGUUGCCUGAAGAACUAACUAAGCUGCGUGGCCUUCAUUUCCUGAAUCUUUCAUACAACCUUUUCAGUGGGAAGAUACCAGGAAGCAUUAGUGACAUGAAACAACUAGAAUCACUUGAUCUGUCACAGAACAAUUUAUUUGGUACCAUUCCUUCAAGCUUGUCCACUUUGAACUUCUUGAGCUAUUUAAACCUUUCACACAACAAUUUGUCAGGAAAAAUUCCAUUAGGCAGCCAACUUCAGACAUUUGAUCCAUCAGCCUAUAGCUGGAAUCAUGAUCUCUGUGGAUCGCCUCUUCAGAAUUGUGUUAAUGAGACACAUUAUUCCCAAGGUGCAAACAAGGAAGAAGGAAAAGCAGAUUGGUCAGAGAUGUUAUGGUUUUAUAUAGGUCUUACAAUGGGAUUCAUAACUGGCUUUUGGAUGAUCAUCGCUACCAUUAUUAUUAAGCAAACCAUACGUAUUGCCUAUUUCAAAUCCAUUGACAAAGUAUAUGGUCUCCUAUAUGCAAAGAAGGUUAUGUACUCUCGGAGCCUCAAAUCAGCUUUCUUAAGGAAGAACUAA